AUGAAGGCGGCAUUCGGCCUUGUGGGCCUCACUAGCCUUGCCCACGCCGUGACACCAACCUUGAACUCUUAUCCAGGCCACUCACUGGCAGUUGAGAAUCGCACACUUCAUGCGAUAUACGAGGCCGCCAAGCAGGAGCAAGGUGAACUUAUUGUUCUUUGGGGAGGUGAUGCCGUGAGCCAGGGUACGCCCACGAUCGAGGCCUGGAACGCCCGUUUCCCGGAUGUUAAGCUGAAACUUACCGUCGAUGUGUCCAAGUACCAUGACAGCCGCAUAGAUCGGCAGUAUCAGCGGACCAGAUCCGAUGGCGCCGAUAUUGCGGUUCUGCAGACCCUCCACGACUUCACUCGAUGGAAGAUGGAGGGCCGACUCCUCCCUUACAAGCCACCGCACUUCAAUGAUGUCUGGGCCUCGGUCAAGGAUGCCGAUGGUGCAUACUAUGGUACCUUUAUCCACAGCUUUGGCAGUUUCACCUAUAACCCAGAACGCGUGCAGGACUCGGACGUCCCGUCGACCUUUGACGAGCUAAUUCAACCUAAAUGGAAGGGCAAGCUUGCCUUGACCUACCCUAAUGAUGAUGAUGCCAUCACCUUCCUCUUCUCUCUUCUUAUCAACAAGUACGGCUGGGACUGGUUCGAGGCCCUGGUCAAGCAAGACGUUAAGUGGAUCCGCGGUACCGGCGAGCCUGCCAACUAUAUCGCCCUAGCCAACUCGACACGCUCGUUGUCUUUUACCACUAGCGCCAGUGGCAAGCUGAAAAGCAAGAAGCCCGAAGACCCUAUUAUGCUGUGGCCCCAGACUAGUGCCAUCUUCGCCAGCACUCUUCGCCCCGAGAGCGCUAAGCUGUUCAUGAGCUGGUUGCUCAGUGACGAAUACCAGGCAAGAUUCAACGGAACCUACGGGGUCCGCAAGGACUUGGCUGCUACCAGCAACCCCUGGGACGAUCAGUCCAGCGGUCUAUCCCAAUUCGCGACCUUCAUGGAUAACCGUGACCAGGUUGAGUGGUGGAGACUUCAGUUUGAGACUUCCAUCGGCACUGCACAGGGUGUUAGCCCCGUGCAGAGCUUCUAUGGUCGUCGGUAG